AUGAGUAAAACGCAUCCACCCGAAUUGAAAAAGUAUAUGGACAAACAAGUUGAUCUGAAAUUGAAUGGCAAUCGUAGUGUGUCAGGCAUUCUUCGAGGUUUCGAUCCAUUCAUGAAUAUUGUUGUUGAGGAUGCUGUCGAAAAUUUAAAGAAUGGCGAUAAAAACGAGAUCGGAAUGGUUGUUAUUCGCGGUAAUUCUAUAGUUAUUAUGGAACCCAAAGAACGGUUGGACCAACGAUAA